AUUUGACAGAAAUGACUGACUUUGGCAUGCUCCGUUAACAUAAACUGUUCCUUUUGUAAUCUGUAACUGAAACGCACCGCUGUGGCGUCUUCCAAAACAACUUCCUUGACUUUGCACCCGGCAUGCACACAGUUUUUGUUAACCCUUCGUUGGAUUUCCGUGAGCUCGUGUGUGUGUGUGUGUGUGGACAAGAUGGUCAUUCUCGGGGCCGAGGAGCUCAAAGAAGCCGAAAGCGUUUUGAAGCAGAGUUUUCCAGAGUCUAUAAAGGUUUACGGCUGUAUAUUCAACAUUAACAGAGGAAAGCCUCACAAUCUGGAGGUCAUUGCUGACCGGUGGCCAGAUUUCAUUGUCAUUAUUUGCAAACCCAAAGUUCAGGGAAUAAAGGACCGAGAAGGAGACUUUAACAUAUACAGCAUCUACUCAAAGAGCAAAGAGAGCCUGAAAAACUUUCUGGACACACCUGGUGUGAUCAAUAAACACACGUUCACAUUAUUAGCAGGGGUUGACAUCAGGCAUUUAGGAGCAGUUCAGGAGUUUGCGGAUCAACAUGGACUUCCCUGGAAAACUCAAGGAGUGAUGAACGUGUUAUUUCUGCAGGAUGAGCGACAGCUGCAGUUUAAAGACAGUUAUGCUGGAUUCAGACUGGCUCCGCUCAGCGCAGCUCAUGCUCAUCUAGUGAACAGCACGUGGAAGUACGGCGGAGACCGUAACAGCUGUAACUCUGUGCUGAACUACAUUACCCACAAUCCUUCACUGUGCGUGCUCGAGGACGGCGGCGGCGGCGAGCCCGUCUCCUGGCUGCUUGUGUACAAACACGCCGCUCUCGGUUUGCUCUACACGUUACCACAACACAGACGCAAAGGCUACGCAAAGUUACUGGUGUCUGUGAUGGCCAAAAACCUCCUGGGCCUGGGACAUCCUGUGUACUGCUUUGUGGAGGAAGAAAAUGACCUUUCCAACAAACUUUUCACUUCACUUGGCUUCCAGAAUUCACCAGAUUACAGGGCUGUGUGGUUUGAGCUGAAUAAACGACAAUAAUUGUUUGCUUAUAUAUAUAUAUAUAUAUAUAUAUAUAUAUAUAUAUAUAUAUAUAUAUAUAUAUAUAUA